UUGUAGAAGGAGGAGUGUUUCCUGACUUGGGGGGGCUGCAGCUCCUCGUCAGUCACAUCAGAUUCAAACUCACACUGAGCGGAGCACCAUGUGGAUCUAUGGCUAAGUCAGUGUGUUUGUGUGUGUGUGUAUGUGUGUGUGUGUGUGUGAGAGAGAGAGACAGAGAGAGAGAGAGAGAGAGAGAGAGAGAGAGAGAGAGAGAGAGAGAGAGAGAGAGAAAGAGAGAGAGAGAGAGAGAAAGAGAGAAAGAGAAUUGAAUUCUCUUCACAGCUGAAGAAUCAGGAGUUUUAACAGCAACAUGAAGGAACGAGUCAGCAGAAGGUGCGACGUGUGUAUUUUGUUGGAUAUGUUGUGUCUAUUGUUUGUGUAUAGGCGUACGUGUUGUGAGUAUUGUGGAUGUGUGUGUGUGUGUGUGUGUGUGUGCCAGCAUUUGCGUGUGUGUGUGUGUGUGUUUGUAGGUGUGUGUGUGUGUGUGUAUGUAGUUGCGUGUUUGCAUGUGUGGAGGUGUGUUUGUUUGUGCAGGUGUGUAGGUGUGCGUGGGUGCAAGUUUCAAGUUUAUGUUUAUUUAUUUCAAAAGCGCCAAAAUCACGACAAGAGUUUUCUCAAGGACCUUCACAUAGUAAACAUUCCAAUACGGGUCUCAUUUAUCAAACAUUGUGUAGAAUCCUUACUAAAACCGUCCUUAAGCUCAGCAAAAAAUAAAUAAAUUACUUACGCCAAGCAGGUUUGUGAUCUAUCAAACAUGGAGUACGCACAGCUGCGCACAAUUACCGCUUCAUAAAUCGGAGACUAACGAGAAUGUUUCUCAGCUGCAUUUUAGUCACGUCCCGCCCUCACCACGCCCACUUACCGCCAUAAUAGUCAAUGCAAAGGGACUUAUGGAUCUCAUGCAAAUACAUAAGCCGGCUGUUGUAGCGCUCCACCAAUGAUAUGGCGACCGUAGAUCAAGUCAGAUCAAGGAAGCGCAAUUUCACAGAAGCAGAAAUUGAGGUACUUGUGGGUGAGGUGGAGAAAUGAAAGGAAGUGCUUUUGCAAAACAAAUAAGAGAAAAUCCACGGAGUGGCACAGCGUUGCUGAAGCCGUCAAUGUUGUGAGUUCUUCAGAGAGAUCUGUGGCGGAUAUAAAAACAAUGGUCCAAUUGGGAUUCGAUCCCCAGACUCCCAGGUGAAAGUCACGCAUGCUAACCAGUCAGCCAAAAGGAGAUCUCCCUUGUCCAAGUAGCCAGGGCGCAUGAUCAAUUGGGUCACAGUGACAGGACACACACUGUCACAGACGCAUGACAUUCUGUCUCAAUCUGUCCCCCUGCUGAUAUUCUGCAUUCCGUAUUCUGCGCUUCAGGCUGUGUGUGUGUGUGUGUGUGUGUGUGUGUGUGUGUGUGUGUGUGUGUGUGUGUGUAGGUGUGUGUGUGUGUGUGUUUGUGUGUGUGUGAUGAAUAAUGAUGAUUAGUUUGAUGAUGUAAAAGGAUGAUGAUUAUAAUGAUGUCCUUAUGGUCACUAAUUCAGUGAUGGAAUGAAGCGGGAGUGGCUUACUUUAAAAGAACAUCAUCAGUUUCUGAGACUUGUCAUGAACUAACUGCUUCAUCUUUCCAGAGAUAUCCAGCUAUAAAGAGAGGGUCUUCAAGUCUUAGCCUUUACCAUGCUGGUCAGCAACAGUUCACUGGGGGGGUCAGUGUGAUCUGGAUAACCACCUCCACGGAAAACAGCUGAAGGAGCUGAGUGUGCGCGAACUAGUAUUGAUCACCAUCCUCCUGCAGCCGCCAUGUUGGUGGUCAGACCCAGCAAGGUUCCACUAGCUGUCAGAACUGGCGCCACUCUGCUGCUGCUCAGCUGCUGCCUACUUGCCUUUUCCUGUGCACUUGAAGGAAACAACUGCAGUUGUAACACCGCCAACAGCCACUGUGAUGAGUUUGGAGUCUGCAGAUGUGACCCCGGCUGGGACGGUGACUUCUGUGACGUCUGUGUGCCGAUGCCUGGAUGCGUCCAUGGUUCCUGUCUACAGCCGUGGCAGUGCACCUGUGAACCGGGCUGGGGAGGGCGUUUCUGUGACAAAGACCUGAGCAUGUGCUCACAACAGCAACCAUGUCUCAAUGGCGCCACCUGUGUGACGGAGGACAGUGGAGACUUUUCCUGUGUGUGUGCUAAAGGAUUUCAUGGCCUUACCUGCCAGUGGAGGACUGGACCCUGUCACCGGAGGAGGUCUCUUUGUAAAAAUGGCGGUCUGUGUGAAGAUGCUGAUGGCUUCGCAGAGGCACCGAUGUGUCGCUGCCUUGCCGGUUUUACCGGGCCACGCUGUGAGACCGAUGUGGACGACUGCCUGAUGAUGCCAUGUGGCAGAGGCGCCACCUGCUUGGAUGGUAUCAACCGCUUCUCGUGCCUCUGUCCCGUGGGCUUCACUGGCCGCUUUUGUACUGUUAACCUGGACGACUGUGCCAGUCAGCCUUGCCUGAAUGAUGGCCGCUGUGUGGACCUGGCCGGGGGCUUCCAUUGCGUAUGCCGACCUGGCUUCACUGGAAACACCUGCGAGAGGCCACUACGCCACAAUAACUCCAGCAGAGAUGCCACUGGACCCGGCUGGACGACGCCAGACAGGGAUGGGAGUUGGCAUGGCAACAGGCCGCUGAGGGUGACAGUGAGUGAUCGUGGCGAAGCUGGCCUCUCAGACCUACAGCUCAUCAUUGUUUUGGUUCUGGGGGUGGUGACUCUGGGUGCAGUGGUGCUGACCACUGCUCUCCUCCUGCAGGGCCACUGUUGGUGCUGUGUCCAUGCCCCCUGUGGGUCAUCAUCAUCAUCAUCACAGGGAGAUGACUCAAGAGGUCAGCGCACAACAUGCGAUGAGCCAGAGAGUCGGAUCUCCUUCCAGAAUACAGCAGAACCACAGAAGAAGAGACUUAAUGAGCAGGUGAUUCAGACUUAGCUGAGAGGUCAGAGGUCAUCACCUCAGUUACUCAUCAGGAACCAGGACACUCAGGAGCCAUGGCCCAAGUGGACGCCAUCACCAUGAUGACACAUCUGGAGCUCAGACUCUGUUCAGGGUUCUCCUGAGUCAGGAUGUUUGACCAAAUUUAGUGUGAAGGACGACUUCUGGUGUAGCCAGAACCGAGUCAGCUCUGAUUUGUGAAAAGAAUCCCCAAAUGAACCAAGCACAACAAGAAGCAACUGAGAGACAAGUGUGGUUGUUUGGGUUUCCAGCAGGACUGUAAAUACUGUAAAUAUUAUUUAUUGUGUACAGAACAUGUUCCAUCCACAUGGAGCCAACAGUCAGAACAUUUCCCUGAACAGAAACAGAAUCAAUCCACAAGGGUUUUCUGUUGGAGCCCAUGGUCCAGCUCCAUCCUACCAGAACCACCAUGUUCUGGUUCUCCAUCAGAAGGAUCCUUAUUGAGCCCAAACAUCUGAUUCUAAUCAAGAACCACAAGGCCUUCAGCAGACAGUCCCAUGUAAAACGGACCCAAACAAGCUCAGCAUCAGGAUGGGUUCCAGCUGAGGCCCAGUCCAUCGGGUUCUGCUACAGGUCCCGGUUAUGUCUGAUCAGGCUCAGACUUAACUGUUUCUGACACAAACUGUCUUCAUCUGUAAAGCCCCACCUACUGAAAGCCCAGGGCUGCUCUGAUUGGUCAGAAUGAGACAGCUGGUACGUUGUGGUGAUGUCAUCA